UUUGGGAUUCACUAUGGAGGAUUAGGGAAACUUGUUUUGUUCCUCGAUUUGGAUUGCCGCUUUGAUGUACUCCGUUUAUCUCAAAUGCUCAAGCAUCGUCUUCUUCAAGCUAACCGGUUAGGCAAUGGAGCAUGGUGGCAACUUGAAGAGUCAAAUGUUAGAAAUUUCAGAGCUGCUCAUGAGAAGUCAAACACUGCGUUUGAUGAGGAGUUAUAUGUUUCAUGCAUGAAAAGGUUUCUGUAUGUUCGCUGCUAUGAUAGUCUUGAACUUUUGUCCUGUCUCAAGACAUUGGAUUAUCGGAUCCGACAACAGGAAUCAUGUGGCAGUCAAGUCGGAGUGCUUAUGAUUGACAGCAUUGGUGCUUUCCACUGGACUGAUCGUCUGUCUUCAUUAUUGGCAUUGGAGACACAGAACAGGAAAAGUCUCUCUCUUACGAAUGUGGUGGAGACGAUAGUGCAAGAGAUGAAGAAGCUACUGCAGGUGCAUUCACUUGUAGUAAUUGCCACUAAGGCUACAAUUUACGAAGAGAAGUACCCAACAAAUGAGAAUAAUCGGAAGUUCUCCUCAAACGAUGAUUUGUCAGGGAAUGUUGCAAGUAAAGCUCAGCAACCUCCAUUUCGUGAAUUCAUGCCUUCUUCUUGGCAGGCAUUUGUGACACAUAAGUUAAUCACACGAAAAUCAGCUGAUCAUCAGUCUUUGCAAACAGGACAAAAAAGUUUGUCGGCAUAUUCACUUGAAUGGUUACAACCGCAACUUAGCAGCAUAGACCAAUUCAUAGUAGACGAUUCUGGUAUUGUCAUUGUCUCGUGACGUAGAUUUCUAUUCAGGUAUUCGUCCAACCUCUCUCUCUCUCUUGGAGACUCACAUAAUUACUAAUACACAUGCUUGUAAGUAUUUAAUGUGUAGUCUGUAGAAACCAUAAACCAUUGUGAGUUCAAGUUGCCAAAUGUAAAGUUAUUUAUGUAUAUCUUUUAUAUCAGAAAGAGGAAAAAUAAGGACAGCAAAAGUUGAAUCUUUAAAAGUAAAAUUUGUCUUUCUAUUUUUAUCUUUACUUGAUUAGGUUAUUUUUACAAUAAACGGGUAACCUUAUCUUGGAUAGAAAAAGAAAGAAAAUCAUACUUACAGACGCACACACACGUUUUGGAAUUGAAUUGGAUUGUAAUAUCUUUCUAAAUA